GCAAUGAUCCAUUGCUAAUAGCACGCAAGCACAAACCUCUCCCGUCUGCCAUUGGAGCAGAACCUCCCAAGCUCUCUCUCUCUCUCUCUAUGGAGAUUUUGAUGUGAACGAGCAGACGACCGGAAAUGGCGGAGCUUGGAUACGAGGAUCAGAGCUCGUCGAGGUCGGCGUUCAGAGCUCGGGACGCCAGCCCCGACUCCGUCAUCUUCACUCUCGAGUCCAACUUCAGCCUCUUCUCCUCCGCCUCCGCCAGCGUCGACCGCUGCUCCUUCGCCUCCGACGCCCACGAUCACGACACUGCCUCCGAAAUCUCCCUGCAUUUGGCAGGCCAGGAGCGAGAGGGUUCGAGUGGUCCAGAUCCAGAUCCGAAUCCAAACAAAGCGCCACUGCAUAAGCACAGUCGUCUCUCUAGAAAAGGCGAUAAAGCUAAAGUGCCGAAAGUGGACAGUGAAGGCGAUAUAGAAGACGAUAAGCAAGCCUUAGAUUCUGCGAGGAGCUCCUUCUCUUUGGCUCUCAAAGAGUGUCAAGAGAGAAGAUCUAGAUCUGAUGCUCUGAGGAAACUAGAUAGGCGAAGACCCGCUUCACUUGAUUUCAACAAUGCUACCGCGUCGUCUCCGCGGAUGGGAGGUGUGAAGAAGAGUUCUAUGGGCCGCAAGGCUGGUGCAUUUCCGAGCCCUGGUACUCCGAACUAUCAGCAUGGCGGUGUUGGAUUGCAGAAGGGUUGGAGCUCGGAGAGAGUGCCGUUACAGUCCACUGCUGGAAGGAGGAAUGCAGGUGCUGCUUUCCUGCCUUACAAUAACAAUGGCAGGACACUUCCGUCGAAAUGGGAAGAUGCUGAGAGGUGGAUUUUGAGUCCUGUUUCUGGAGAUGGGGGCCCCAGACCUUCUGUUCCACUACCUCAGAGACGGCCUAAAUCCAAGAGUGGGCCACUUGGACCUCCGGGGGUUGCAUACUAUUCACUGUAUUCCCCUGCAAUGCCCAUGUUUGAAGGAGGGAAUAUGGGAAAUUUCAUGGCGGGGUCUCCGUUUUCUGCUGGAGUUAUCGGAGCAGAUGGAUUGAACCUUCGGAAUUCUGGGUGCCACGGUGCAGCAUUUCCCAUUCGGGCAGAGCCUUGCAUGGGAAGAUCAGCCAGUGUGCACGGAUGCUCAGAGCACCUCAACCAGCCACCAACAACUGUCCCCCAAGAACUUGCAGACGAAAAGCUUGAGGGGGUGAAAGAUGCAGCAACUGAUAUAUGUCAUGAUGUUUCGAGAAGGGACAUGGCAACACAAAUGAGCCCAGAUGGGAGCGCUUCCUCAUCUCCCAAAGAGAGGCUUUCUUUCACCACAUCCCCUUCCCUGUCUAUUGUGGAUUUGCAGAGCACAAAUGGCUCUAAGUUGGGAGUCAAGGAUGUGCAGGUCGAUGAACAAGUCACAUUUACUCGGUGGUCAAAGAAGAAGAAGUACGGGAUCCCGGGAAAGGGCUCUGGGGUCAGUGAAGACUGGAGAAAGAAAGACACCGAUACUCGAUCUUCGACUUGGGAAAUCUCAGAAACAACGAAGAACGUUUCGAAGGCAAAAAGAGAGGAAGCAAAAAUUACUGCAUGGGAGAACCUUCAGAAGGCUAAAGCUGAGGCUGCAAUACGAAAACUGGAGAUGAAGCUGGAAAAGAAGAGAUCCUCAUCCAUGGAUAAGAUCAUGAAGAAGCUGAGGUUGGCUCAGAAGAGAGCCCAAGAAAUGAGGAGCUCGGUAUUAGCAAAUCAGUCCCACGAGGUCUCUAGGACUUCACAUAAGGCAGUUGUGUUCCGAAGAACCCAUCAAAUGAGUUCCUUAAGUGGUUGCUUUACUUGCCAUGCUUUUUGAUGCCUUCCGGAGCCAUCAAAAGGGUGAGGUUCUAGCAAGAUCGCCAAUUAAACAUAGUAGGAGAUCCAAACUUUAGCCUUUGCGCUGUGCCUCAUACUUACGAUGCGUCACUAGUGCUGUGUCGGCUUUGCAGUUUUGGAGUGGAGCAGCCCUGACCCACAUUUGGUACCCAAAGAACGUUUAAUAAUAUGGUCCUUUAAUGUAUGUAUAAUGUCUUGUUAUAUAUCUUACGCGGCGGCAGUGUCGCAAACAGAAGUAUGGUUCAUCUGCUCUAAGCUUCGUAUUCUCGGAAGUUUAGCCAUGAUUUGAUUGAAUCAUAUCACUUAAGAUUAGUAAUAUAGGUUUCUUGCAUCCAUGGAAGGGUAAGGAAACUUCAAGUAGUAGUAUUCACAAUGCAAUUUGCCGUUGCAAUUCUGAUGAUUCGGAAUUGGCUGAUCAUCAGUCCUUGGAAAUUUUCGGGCCUUUGGGCUUCCUUCU